CAUCAACAUCCUUCACUUCCUAGCUACUUCCACCUCAUAUUCUCGAAUUUCGAGCACGUCUAUUUGGCCGUGGUAGCGUCCCCGUAUACAGCCCUUCUUGUCUUGUCACUAUCUCCAUCUUGCGUCGAGUCUCGAAACAUACCAGGCUGCACCGACUUCUGUCAGCGGUAGGGUGAAACAUGGACGAGGACGCCAUUUCGAUAUCAUUGGAACCCUCUGACGAGGAAGAAUUUAUUGCGAGGCGCGCUAUUCUGGAGCCUGCCAUUCGUAACGUGGUGCAUGCGCUGGGUGGCUACGAAGGAGGGUCAUACAGGCUCGGAGACGAAUGCUAUGGCUGUCUCAAGGACCUCAAGAAGCUCUGGAGGAAGGAUGAUACCGAUGACGACCGUACCGUUGCGCGUAUCUUCUGGGAGACGCGUCUGCUACCCAACGACCUCAUCCCUAUCAUACUCGAGACCGCCGGGAAAGGCCAUCUAGAGGACAAGUGCGCGAUAGCAUGCGCGGACUUGAUGACAGCAAUGACUUGGCCUAUUGACUUGGCAGAGGAGCUGAAGGAACUAGAUGAAGUAUACGAUAAGGCCGUGGACUAUACUCAGUUGCUCAUCAGUCACUUAUACUACAAGGCGGCACUGUUGAGACCUGGGGUCAUGCCGGCAUUGUUCGGAAUCGUUCUUCCUUGCCUUGCGAAGGACGAGAAGGAAAGGAAAGAAAGGGACAUCCAAAUCAUCAGCGUCGUACUAUACCUCAUCCGCAAUCUCGCCUUCAUCAGAGAUAUGCCUCCUAACAUGCAUCUCAGUAGCGACCGAGCCGAGCUGUCUUCUCAGCAGACACAGCUGAUCAAAGUUCUCUCUGACUCUAACAUAUUCGACUUCUUACUUACCAUCGCGUCCAACAUCGCCACGGAUGCGAUGUUCAACCGAUGGAACGCCCUCGUGCUUGAGAUAUUAUAUCUGUUAUUUCGAGGUGUCAAGCCUUCGUCUCUGGCCAUGAAUCAAGUUGAUCAACCAACUCAGAGCCUGCGGAGACUUCUUGCCGCCGAGGACCAGCGAAAGCGAAACCUCACACGUACGGCCACAUCGCGGCAUUCGCGAUUUGGUACAACCAUCGCCGUUAAGCUCAAUUCCAAGAAGGCCCAAUCCGCCGAUAAGGGCUCAGCGGAGGGGCAGAGCAAUCUUGGGGACGACCCACAGAGCUCCUCGCAAACCUACGUUCUUCACCGACAGCAAGCCAUUAAUCGGGACGCAGGAAGCAUACUUGACCUGGCAAAACGUCAUCGAAGCCAAAAAGGCCCAAAGGCGGACGAGCUCGCACACGAUGACAAUCUCACUGUUGAAGCAAAAUCCAUUCUGCAGAACCUCGCCAGGACAUUUGUGGAGGCAUGUUUCAAUCCAUUCGUUUCUUCCCUUCUGAAAGACAUCAAGGCUGAACGGCCGAAGAUCACAGAAAAGGACAAUCUGCGAUUGCUCUACGUGACCAAGUGGUUACUGGAAUUCUUUCUUGCCGUGAGGGCAAAAGAAGGUCAAAACAACAACUGGAAGUUCGGUCUAAUCGCUGAGGUUACCGACCGGCAAUGGAUUAUUUGGGUGCUCAGGCGAAUGCGUGAGGCUUCUGAGGACAAACCGAAGUUGUGGAAUGAGCUGCAGGCAGGGAUUGAAUGCCUCACGCAGCUUAUCUUAGUCAUCGAUAGUAUGUCUUCCGCUACCGAUGCGGACGUCGUAGAAGCUGCGGACACGCUGCAACAGCAGAUUAUAUAUAACGGCGAGGUACUCGACAUUGCUUUUGAGAGCCUUCGGACGUACAAACAGGGAACUCAGAGCCUUGCGUAUCUCGAUUCCAGCGUGUAUCUAGCAUACGCUAUAUUCAGGAUGCUGGAGAGGUGGGGAAAGAAACGUGGAGGAGCAGCUGAGAUGUACGUCAGACGCAAGGCGAAGGCGAAGAAACGCAGAAAUGAUGGCGGAGCUUCGCACGACGAGGACGCGGAACGUGAAGAGGAAGAAGAAACGAUACACGAGACAAUGUUCACCCUCGAUAUGUUUGAGUCGAAAUUCGCGCAUACCGAGGUCACAUGUACACUUCUGGCGUAUUUGGCGAGAUAUAAGGAAUCUAGUUCUGCGGAGAAGAUGAAACGUGUCGUUAGCUUAAUGCAUCGGCAAGCUGUCAAGGCAAAAGCGGAGGGCUUGUUCUUCAAUGUGUCUACUCUGAGUUUGUUCAAGGCUAUUCUGACAGAUAAGAAAACGCUGCCCAAGGACCGACCUUAUCAGGACCUCAUCAACUUCAUCGACUUUGUUCUGCGCCGUUUCUUCAAAUCAUUAGAAGAUGAGCCGCUGCUUAUGGUGGAGGCGUUCUUCCCGAUGAAUAGAGGUCACUGGAAGCAGUACUCCAGUUGGGAACCGGAGAAGAGGAUUUUGAGGGAAGAUCAUGCCGCAGAGGACUCGAGGUUCCCACCAGAUGUCCAAGUACAGAAGGGCUAUUCUUGGAGUGAGCAGCUGGCUAUCGUCAUUGCCCAUCUGCUUGAGGCAGGCAAAGCAUACCUGAUCGAUUGGGUUCAAGAGAUUUUAAUGCUCGUUAUUGGACAAAGGCAGCGGAUAAUUGAUGAUACAGAUGACCCAUCGGUUCAAUCGCAUGAAGACGCAGAAGAGGAGCGGGACGAGACCGCGAUCAUGAAGGACGCGGAAGCGUCCAGAGGCCCAUCCACUGAGGUGCUUGCAAAGUUCACCGACUAUAUGAUUCCAUAUAUCAACGAUGAACGAGCGAAAGCUGCAACGAGGGAUCCCCAUUUCAAGCUGCUGUUCCGUCUGGUCAAAUUCGAUGUGGUCAAAGAAGAUGCUGACGAACUUGAAUGGUACAUCCCUGCGGCCAUACUUCCGUCCGAACUGCAACGGAGUCUCAACGUGAUCAGACAAUUCCUCGAAAAGCCUCUUGAUCUUGGCGGAAAGAAGGCAUCACAGCUAUUCACCAAGAAAACGCGUCGGAGAAGACGACAUUCGCCAUUACCAGACGCGAAUGACGAUCAGUCAGAUGAUGUUGCGCCGCGGCGACAGCGAAAGGAGAAAAAGGCUAAGGAAAAGCAGCAAUACAAGUCCGCGCAGUUCAUCGAGGAUAGCGAUGCGGAGUAUGGCGACAUGGAGUCUUUCCUGGAAAAGGAGAAAAUGUUGCGGGAAAAGACUGCUCUUGCUGCAUCUGCCUCAGGCCAUGUUGCAACGAUGAGACGCAACGGCACCAAAAAGCGCGUCAAAAAGAACGCUGGGGACGAACCUAGCAAACGCCGAAGAAAGCGUCGCACGAAAGUCGCGGGCGAAUCAGAAAUGAUGCAGGUGCAGAAUGAUGCAGAUGAGUCGGACGAGAGUGAAUUGAACGUCUUUGGGUCCCCGAAAAAAUCGCCCUCGCCUCUCGAUUCCUCCUCUCACCAAGCGCGGACGCCACGUCCGCGUCCACGUCCCAGGUUUUUGGCUCAGAGGAGGCCCGAGGACGAGGACGAGGACGUUGAGCCCAGAGCUGAGGAGCAAUCCGGCGACAGCGAAGCAGGAAGUCCAAGCCCCAACGAAUCAUUGGUGGAUCCAGCAAAUAUAUCCAAUGCUGAAUCCUAUGGCAUUGGAAGCCCUAUCGUCCAAGUGACGAAGAAGAAGCGGCGCCUUCAGCUCGUAGAUUCGGAUGAGGAGGAUUGAUGGCGGAUCUCUUCAUUGUGCGCUGAGAUUGACACAUCUGCAUUUGCUACUCCCUAAUCUAUCUUCUUACCAUGCAUCAUUGUGUGUGGACGGACUAGUUUAUGAAAUUGCUCUUCACAGUGGCUCAAGCCAUGGCACCAACCCAGAGGGGUAAUCCUGCGAGUAUAUAUACUGUUGUUCUUCGUGUACAUUUUGAACCACUGUUGUACGGCAUGGAUAAGGAUUUUGUCGGACCAUGUACUAAAGUUCUUGUUGAUGGGCAUUACAUUUUGAAGUCAAUGGCAGCUCCUUUGCCUAUACGAAGCUCUCAGGAAUUUAUCUUGUACUAAC